AAUUGGUGUGGUUUCCCCCAACGUUUAGCAAGCUCGGAAAGAGGGAGUGGGGAGUGCGCCAAGUAUAUAUGUGUAUGCAGUUAUGCAGGUUUCUUUCACAUCCUCUCUAAGAUCUUUUGCAUUUGUGUAUCCCAGUCUGCUUUGCACUUUAACAGCUUCUAGAUAUGAUGAACAACCCAUCAUCUGGACCCCAGGGCAACGGUAUAUGGCCUUGCCAGAGCACUCAGCAACCAGGGGCCCCAGUGUGGCCCAGUCAACCUUACCAACCUUGCUGUCCCCAUCAGCCCAACCAGGCUAACUGGCCCGGGAUGCAGCCCACUGCACCAAACUGGCCAGCUUACCAGCCAGCACCACCCACCCAGUCAGUCUGGCCAUGUCCUGCAUCCAUGGGACCUAACCAGUUAAGCCAACCAAUCUCACCUAGCCAAACAAUGCCACCAAGUCAACCAAACCAGCCAAUGCCACCUAGCCAAGCAAUCCCACCAUCUUGGCCUUCACAGCUCCACAACCCCAUUCCCCCAUCAUGGCAUGGAAACCCUGGGCAGCCAGGAUGGCCUAAUCAGGGCCCUGGAGUUCAGCAGCAUCCAUGGCCACCUGUUCCACCCACAGGGCCUGUGUCGGUGCCUUUCAACAUGAAUUUUCCCCGAGGCAUCUAUGAUAAGCUGAUGCUUACAAUAAGAGGACAAGUGAAGCCAGAUGCAAAAAUGUUUACUGUUAAUUUCCUGCGUGGUAAUGACAUUGCCAUGCAUAUCAACUCACGCUUCGAUGAGAAGGGGAAGCAGGUCCUUGUUCGCAACCACAAGUUGGGGGAUCAGUGGGGACAAGAGGAGAGAAUUCUCCAGGCACCAUUUCCCUUUGUGGCAGGACAAAACUUUGAGAUGAAGAUCCUCUGUACAAUCAAUGAAUUCAAAGUGGCAGUCAAUAACACACCUAUAUUUGAGUUCAAGCACCGCAUCAGAGAGGUGAACCAGAUUGAUCGCAUCAACAUCCUGCAUGAUGUCAAUCUUACAUCGGUCAAUGUGGACACUCUUCCCUGAGACAUAACCGCGAUCUAUACCUUACCCAAUCAACAUUGCAUGUGUAUAAUGCUCUAGCACGCCAUCUUUAAUUCUGCUGUCCCUUAACACUGUAUUAGUUCAUUUAUGUUAGUCAAAAUAUUUCACUAUGGACACUAUCCAAGUCUUUCCAGCCACAGAAUGUUUUGCAAAAAUAAUGGAACAGAUACUUGCCAUUCCUAAUUUGAAGACUUGCUGAAGGGUUGUUAUGCAUCGCUCACAACUUUUUCCUUAAUGUGGUACACAGGGAUGUAAAGUCGUAUUUGUAUUUGAGAGAUAAUCUAUACAAUUAUUGUGUUAUUCUAUGAUCAGUAAGAAAUUACAUAAACCUGAUGUGAAAUGACUACGGUUGGUUAAUGACUAUUAAAGUCAGCAAAGAAGUA